GUUCGCUGUUGUUUCUUCUUCUCGGUGAUUAGCCGGAGGCCUCCGAGUGCUGUGAUGAGCCGGAUCGCGAGGGGUCCGGCCUGAGGCAGCGGUUGCUGCGCGAGGCGCCAGAAGCUCGACUGGGUUCCUCUGUCUUUUCUGCUCUUACCAACCACCAACUGAAGCUGUUUAAAUGAGAAUGUCCUUGGCGCAGAGAGUGCUGCUCACAUGGCUCUUCACAUUACUGUUUCUGAUCAUGUUGGUGUUAAAGCUGGAUGAAAAGGCACCCUGGAACUGGUUUCUAAUAUUCAUCCCAGUUUGGAUAUUUGAUACUAUUCUUCUAGUUAUGAUCAUUGUGAAAAUGGCUCGCCGUUGUAAGUCUGGCUUUGACCCUCGCAAUGGUUCCCCAAACCUCAAGAAAAAAGCUUGGUACCUUGCAGCCAUGUUGCUUAAGCUGGCCUUCUGCCUUGCCCUCUGUGCAAAAUUGGAACAAUUUGCUGUAAUGAAGCUCGCUUAUGUCUUUAUUCCCCUUUGGGCGUUGCUCAUUGGAGGGAUGAUAGAACUUGGAUACAACAUCUUCAAUCCACGAAGAGACUGAUUUGUCUGUGAACUGGAUCUAACCUUUGGGCAGUCAGCAUCACAUUCCUGAACAUUCGCUUGCUAUAAGCUUGCUGCACUUAAAGGAUCUACAAUACAGAUGUAUGUUAAUGUUGUUGGACUUGACCCUUCAGCAGGUGAAGCACAGCUGUCUGGUUUUUAUGUAAAUAUUGUAAAUAAAACAUCCACAUAUUUUUA